AUGUUCGAGCAAUUGGGCUACGCCAGCCCCGCGGCUAGUGUGGCUGAACGAGACGAGCCAGAGGAUGCGAUCCCGCCCCAAUGCAUUUGCCUGGGCCGCCCAGAUAAGGCGGCCUACGCGGAGGGGUUGCUGAAGCAGAUGAGGAAGUUCUGGCAGGAAGGAGCGCUCUGCGACGCUUUGUUGGUCAGUGCCGACGGCACCGAGUUCCCAGUACAUCGCCUGAUUCUGGCCAGUGGCAGUGACGAACUUGGUGCUUUGGUGAAUGGCCAAUCUGCCGAGGGCGAUCAGGUGCGGAAAGGUGAGCCGGUGAAGGUGGAAGUCCCCUCCAACGUGCUGCUGGCCGUGCUGGAGUUCAUCUACGGAGCAGAGCCGGUGAUCACCAUCGAGACGGGACUUGAACUGUUGCCGGUGGCACAUCGUUUGGGUCUGAUGCGUCUGGUGGAGCUGUUGGAACCGGCCAUUGGACCAUCCCUGCAGCCCUGGUCCGUGGCCACCAGUCUGAUCCUCAGCCAGGAUUUAGGGCUUCGACAACUCCACACUAGAUGUGAGCUGUUCUUGGCCAACAAUCUGGAAGAGUGUUCAAAGGCCGAAUCCUUUGGUAAACUCUCGGCCGCCCAGCUGGGUCGCAUCCUGCGAAGGGAAGAUCUCAAGGUGGACCGCGAGGAGACAGUCCUGGAAGCCGUACUUCGGUGGCACCAGUGCAUGGAACGAGGACGUGAUGCCGGAGCUUUGCUGCAACAUGUGGAUUUCGGGUCUAUGAGCCGACUGAGCCUCAAGGAACUUUUCCGCCUCUCAGAAUCUCUGGGUUCCUUCGGAAAAGACCUGCAAGUCGAAAUCGAGGAGGGGCUGAAAGGCCAUGUUAGUGACAUGCGUUGGCGCCCACGACGCCGUUGUUUGCGGCAUUGGUGGCCGGACUUGGGCGCAAAGCGACAAAGCCACCACAUCGUAGCAGGUGGACCGCAGCCUGGUGAGGGCCCCGACCAACUUGGUGUACAUCACCACCUGAGCUCCAUUGUCUACCACGGAGGUUCACUUUACAUUGGCGACAUGACAAAUGGGCGACUGGUGAAAUGGCCCAUUGGUGCAAAGCAAGGUGAAAUUCUCCUGCAAGAAAGCAACAACCGGCAGCAGCUGUGUGUGGAAACCUUCGCAGUUGGCCGGGAUGGCACCUGUUAUCUGAUGGAUCCGGAAAAGAGCGUCUGGAGUGUGAAGGAUGGGCAGUGCGUGAGGGUCUUCGAAGCAAAGGAGAAGAAUCGACUGGAGGGAUUUGAAGGAGGAAACUUCCCUGGCAUCGUUGACUUGAAAUGUUCACCUGCAGGUGAGCUCUAUGUGUGUGACAAGGGACGUACUCGAAUUCAGAAAGUGAACAACAAAGAGCUGAUCCCCAUGACGCCGUCAAGCAAGACGUCCCUGAGUUUCCAUGCUUGGACCUUCGUCAUUUCACAGGAUGACUCCAUCUACAUCAGCGAUGCUGCGGGCGACCGGAUCCUGAAAUUCAGCGGCCAGGGCAAUGGCAUCGUGGUGGUAGACUGUGCUGCGGUGGGAAUUCGCCCCACAGACAUGGCGUUGCACGGAAACGAUGUCUACAUUUCAGACAUGCAACGUGGCUCCAUUUGGAAGAAAUGCAGCGACGAAGCGGCGUUGAUGGAGAUAGCGAACCCCGCGAACCAUGGAGGGAUCUUUCGCAUCGAUGUGGACCCCGUCGAUGGCGCAUUGUUUAUUUUGCACGGAUCAACAGUGUCACAGUGGGGACCACCACCAAAGUUUCGAUGUGACCACCUGCUGGCCAAAAAAGAGGGUCCUCCCAGAGGGCAAAAGUUGGGCUUGGAGAAUCAGAAGAAGCUCGCCGAAAUGGUCGAAGAUGAGGAUCGCCGCAUCGCAUGCCUGGAGAGUCGUGCUGCCAAAUGGCACGAUCUGCUGAGUGAUGCCAUCAACGAGACCAUUCAGCAUCUGCAGAAGAAGCAGAGUCAAACUGUGGAGGAGAUGGAGGCGGAAAAGGAGGACUCCGAGGACGAAGAUAUGGAGGAUGACGGCGCAGACAUGGGAUCCAACGAUGGAGAUGAUGAGGAGCGGCCGAUCUACAACCCAUUGAACCUGCCACUAGGGUGGGAUGGAAAGCCGAUCCCAUUUUGGCUCUACAAACUCCAUGGGAUGGGCAUUGAGUACAAGUGUGAAAUCUGUGGUAACUACUCCUACUGGGGUCGAAGGGCCUUUGAGCGACACUUCCAGGAGUGGAGACAUGCUUUCGGCAUGCGAUGUCUCAAGAUUCCGAACACGGCGCACUUCAAGGAAAUCACCAAGAUCGAGGAAGCCAUCACGCUCUACGAGAAGCUGAAACGCGAUGCGGAGGAGCAAACCUUCCGGCCUGACCAGGAUGUUGAGUGUGAAGACAUCCAGGGUAACGUGAUGAGCCAAAGGGCCUUCGAGGACCUGCGACGACAGGGCCUGAUCUGA